AUGGCGGACGCUGCGCCCGACGACGGUGGCGAUGGCGAUGCGACUGCUACCUCGCCCAAGCAAGUAGAGACGGACGACGCGCAUCUGCCAAGCGCUGUCUCGAUCCAUGAGGCCAUCCGCAUGGUCGGCUACGGACGCUUCCAGCGAACGCUUCUCGUUGUCUCGGGGCUCAUGUUCAUGGCCGAUGCGACCGAGGUCAUGCUGCUCUCGUUCCUCCAGGUGCUCGUGAAGGACGAGUGGCACCUCAGCUACGCGCAGGAAGCCGGAAUCACGGCCGCGGUCUUUGCCGGCGAGCUGCCCGGCGCUCUCUUCUGGGGCUACUUUGGCGACAAGUACGGUCGGCGCAUGGGCUUUCUUUGGUCCGCGCUCUGCAUUGCGAUCUUCGGCGUGCUCUCCGCCUUUGCGACCAACGUCUACUACCUCAUGGCGUGUCGGGCGGUCGUCGGCUUUGGCGUCGCCGGAUCGCUCGUACCUUUCGACCUCAUGGCCGAGUUUCUUCCCGACAAAGAGCGCGGGCGCAUCCUCCUCUACUUUCAGCUCUUCUGGACGGUGGGUAUUGGCUUCGUCGCCGUCUUGGCCUGGUCGGUCCUUGAGCCCCUCGGAUGGCGCUGGCUCACAGCUCUCUGCGCCACACCGCUUCUUCUUGUGCUUGCGUCAUUUCCGUGGAUGCCCGAGUCGCCCAAGUGGCUCUGCGAUCAAAUGCGCUUUGAGGAAGCGCUUGUCGUGCUGCGCAUGACUGCGUCACUCAACGGCACCGAACUGGACCCGACUCUGAGUUUGCGUCCGAUGGAGUCGACCAAGUACAACAAACACCGUGGCGUUCACGAGCUUUGCGGGCCCGUGCUUCGGCGGGCGUCGACCAUGCUGUUCCUCAUUUGGUUUGGCUUUGGGCUUGCCUACUAUGGCAUCAUUCUGCUGUUCCCACGGCUGUUUGCACAGUCGUCGUCGUCCACCGAGACGUUCAACUAUGCAAGCAUCUUUCUCGCCGCCCUCGCCGAAGUCCUCGGCGUUCUCUGCACGAUCGCUGUCGUCGAUCGCUGGGGUCGACGGGGCACGCAGGUCGUCAUGUACGGUGUGGCGACUCUCGCUGUGCUCGCGUCGGCCGCCGAGUGGAGCCUAUGGCUCUUGACGCUCCUAGCGAUGCUUGCUCGGGCGGCGAUCAUGGGGGCGUCCAGCACCACGUGGCUAGCGACCCCCGAGGCCUUCCCGACACAUGUGCGCACGACGGGCCAUGGGAUUGCCAGUGGCAUGGCUCGCAUUGGAGGGUUUCUCACUCCGUUCUUGGCCGACGCACCGGGUAUGACGGUCGAGUACAUCUGCGGCAUCUACGGCAUCGUACUCGGCCUCACGACGGUCGCCGCGUACGGUCUUCCGCCGGAUCCGACCGAUCCGGAUGACGUUGCGCUCUCCACCGAGCUCCAAGGGCUCACGACGAGCGAAGAAAGCAGCUCCACCAACCUCACGCCAAGCGGUGACGACGACGCACAAGUAUCGUGAUCUCGGAUUAAAUACGAAACCACGAGCUCGUUUUUUGGUUGUUCGACGAA